AUGGCUUGCAGUAGAGCCAUACCUAAGCACCCCUUAUUAGGUAUAAUACCCGCCCACCCUGCUGGAGCUGCACUCCGUCGUCGUCGUCAUCAUCAUUAUCAUCAUCAUCACAACCACCGUCCUCUUCUACUGCCUUCGCCCACACGCUCUUGCAACGUACGAAAACGCCCAUUCUCUCUAUCAACAACCACCAGAAUGCCUAGCUACAUUGUCACCUGCAAGGACGACGCGACCCCGGACCAGGUCGAGGCCGCCAAGAAGCAUGCCAAGGAGCAGGGCGGCACCAUUGGACACGAGUACUCGCUCAUCAAGGGCUUCUCCGUUUCCUUUCCCAACGACGCCAUCACGACCCUCGAGAGCCACGAGCACGUCAAGGCGGUUGAGAAGGACGGCCAGAUGCACACACAGUAG